AUGCUAACACUGAUUCUCUUCCCCACAGAUGAGGAAUGUUUCCGUUAUCAACAAGGAGACGAUAGCGGUCUAAGUUCCUGUCCUUCGACCCCCACGACGACAGAAGACAACGAAUCUCUUUCAGAUAUAUUUGAUUUGAGCUCUUCUUUGUGUGAUAGUCUGAACUUGAGCCUCUUCGAUGGCGAUCUUCCGAACAAAUUGCUCACUCAUAUUAAAAUUAAAACCGACGACGACGUCAACGAUGAACUGUGGCAGCCAGUCCCCGGAACACCGUCUUGUAUCGUCAACAACAGUUCGAGUUUCUUGGACUCGCUCGAUUUUGGAGUAAUAGACGAACUGUUUGGCCCAACGGUAGACCCAAGGGAUAUUUUUAAAGCCAUUGAAAAGCCUUCUCAGAGAGAGAUUGUCUCCUCGGAGAUACUAGCUGAUGUGACAAAUUCUGUUACUUGCUCAAACAUUUCUUCAACUGUCGCCGAAGUCGUGACUACUCCGAGAGCAAUUCCUAAAGAAAUCGAGCAGAACAUCUUUAAACGCGAACUUAGAACGAGGCGAAAGAGAGUGCAGUUAAAUAUUGAUCACGAUUAUUGUAAAUCUGCGGAUCUGAAUGAUUCGGAGGAUGAGUUCAAGGCUAAUGAGGAAAGCGAUGAGGUGUCAGAUGAUGAUGAAGACUACACGGCUCCAUGCCCGGCGAAGAAAUCCCGCAAAACAAACUCAAACUCUGUCGAGAAAGGCAAAGGCAAGGACACCAAAUACUGGGAGAGGCGCCAAAGAAACAAUUUAGCGGCCAAGCGAUCUCGCGAGGCAAAACGCGCGCGAGAAAUACAAAUCGCUAAAAAGUCUGUUGCGCUGGAGAAAGAAAACGCUAAUUUGAAGAAACUAGUCCGGAAGCUUAAAGCGGACAUUAAAAAGGCUGAAAAGAAAUUGCGCAUUGUGAUAUGA